AAACCAAGUGAACUGUCAAAAAAUGUCAACAUGAUUUUUUAUUCUUCUGUGAUUUUUUUAUUGUGGUUAUGUUAGUCAAUUUAGGAAUGGAUUAGCUUCAUGAUAAUAUUUAACCAAAUUUUAACAUUUCAAUGAAAUAGUUUAACCCACAAAAGCUGAAUUAACGAGCAAAUAAUCUAGGGAACGGAUGGUUCGCUUUGGUCAUGACGUUGUAGUUUCUAUUCUCACAUAUAGAGGGCUCUCGUACAAAAAGACCUUUUAGCCGUUAAAUGUGGAUUAAUUUAUUUUUAAAUUUUCAAAUCAAAUUAAAAAAAAAUUCAAUAAAUCCAUCAUGCACCACCGCAAUUGCAAGUAUUUUCAAAUAAUUAAACGGUGAACCAUACACAACCACUUUACCUGACUAACAAGAAAGAAGAAGUUCAAAUGUGUUGCAUCCACGCAUGUGCACAGAAUCCACUGGGAAAAAUGAAAAAAAAGAAACACAGCAAAACAACAUUCCAAUAGCUUCGCACUGUCCUCGAUUUGCUGAAUAAUAAACAAGUUCAUUUGUGCGAAAGCUAAAAUUUGAUUAGAUUCGAUCGCGUUAGGAAUCGUGUAGCGGGUGGACGAUGGGUUCAGCGUGGACGUGGGUCGUCAAUCGCCCAACGGAACCACGUAGUCGCUGGUCGUAAAUUUGCCACUCACCACAAACCAUCUACUCGCUCCUUCACUGUUGCAGUCCAGCAGCGUCCAGGGAACCAACAACGCACGUCUCCAAACGUGUCUGGUCCAUAGCAUGCCCAAUAGUGAUUCGUCCGGUGGUAUAUACUCCCCUCUUCCACAGACGACUCUGACCGAUUCGGAGAGUGAAGAAGAGCUACUGCACCGCACCACGGUAACUGUUCGGCGGAUAUCGGAACGCACGUUUGGCGGUAGUAUUAGGGGCGGUGGGCACGGUGGUGGCGGUGUUGUGACAGCGAUCAUGAUGAACGGUAUGAAGGGACGACCGGUGGCAGAGUUACGGCCAGCGGCAGGGACGGAAAAUGGCGGUGCUGCCCUGUACAACGGGGGCUAUCCACCGAGCCCGAGCGAUGUGGAGGAUGCGAGCGGCGUAUUCCACGCGGAUAAUGUGGCCAUUUUGCACGAGGCCGGCUCGAUACCGGAUCACAAAAUGUCCUUCCCGCGGAAGUGUUGCUUUGUGGCGUCGUUGAUCGUCUGCUUCUUGGCGGUGGUAAUAUUUCUUUGGAUUAUCCCGUGUUCCGAUGAGCUGUCUUGUCCGGCACGUGCGGAACGAGUAAAAACGCAAAAUUGGAUACGAAACUACGAGAAGAUCGAACUGAAAGGUGUGAUAAACGUGGUCGAAGGUGUGCACGGUAAGAGCAAGAAUCUGGUCUUCAUGUACCGGGGCGAUAAGCUGUUUCCCGAGUUUGACGAAUCCUACCGACGGCGGAAUGGAAUUAUCUCGCUGGUCGGUAGCUCCGGUAAGGUUGCCUGGUACGAUCAGAUGAUCAACGAGCCGAAGAGCAUCGAUUGCACGCUGCUAGAUGCGGAUCGAAGCGGUGCUCCAGAUUGUCUGGUGCUGGACGAGUUUGGUCAGCUGGAGUGCAUUGAUCCACUGUCUGGCGAGUGGCUGUGGCAUGCGGAAGGAUACAACAAGAGAAGCAACAGUGGCAAGCAGAACGACAUGCUAGACUUCCCGCUUCUCAUACCGGACGUCGAUGGAGAUGGCGUGCAUGAUCUCCUGUUCGUGACGAGUUCCAGCGAAACCAAGCACAACCGUCUGGUUAUGAUAUCCGGCCGCAAGGGCAUCACAAUCGGCGAUUCCUACGCCGUCAAGGAGUGUCUUUACGUCCACAAGCUGAUGCUGGAUGAGGAGCUUAACGUGAAGUUUAACUGCGUAAAGGAAAAGUCCGAACAGCAGAAAGCCAAAUCACUACCGGAGCUGUACAAGCUUAUCCACCGGAAGGCACUGGAUAUGCGCGUAGUGCGUCGAAUGCCCACCGACCUGCCCCAGCACAAGUUCUUCGGCCAGAGGCGUAACACGGAGAAGCAGCGUACGAUCACGAACGUCGGUGGUAAGCAGCUGGUGGUCGAGAACCGGGGCAAAUGUCCCGAGAACUGUUCGACCUCGGUGCUUCUAACGGAGGAAGCCACCGGUGAGCUCCUGUGGAACGUAUCGGGCCGCCAGCUGUACGGUAUGCAACCCGUACGCCUAACAUUCUCCAACUUUGGUGCUGACAAUCGAUCCACCAUGUACGGCUUUGUGAUCAAGUUCUGGGAAUGGAGUCAACGCGAUCCGGACAAUCGUAGCUCACGCUUCAAACGCUCCCUGUUCGGCGUGGGUGACGACGAUAGCAAGCAGCGGUUCAUCCACCAGCAACCCUGGAUAGGACCGCCCGGGCUGGACGCCAUCUCGAAGACUUCCUCGUCCGCGCGUGGCCAAAAUCAAUCGUCAUCCUCCACCCGACCGGCGGGCGUGUUCCGGACGCGCAUGCGUUUCCUCAAGGAAACGAUCAAGCUGAUCGUGUUCAACUCGAGCUACAUCAAGAUCGAGAACACGAGCCAAAGCAAUGUGAUCCAGUUCUGUCGCGAAACGCUCAACGGCGACCCGGCCGAGGUGCUCUGUCAGCCCGAUCUCAACUAUCAGGAAAAUUCGCUACUCAUCGCCGACCUGGACGACGACGGUUCGCAGGAACUCGUGUCGUACUACUCGACGUUCGUCAAAACGGCAACGAACGAUGCGGACGGGAUGGGGGCGGGAGUCGGCGUUGGGCCAGGUGCCACCAUGAAGCUAAAAACGUACGUCCAGCUGUUGCGGCUGGAGUCGGAGCUGCCGAAACUGUACACUCCACCACCGGGCCAGGAGUCUUCGGAGGGCGCUAAGCAUCAUUAAAGCUGCGCGAACGGAAACCAACACAUUCCAACAGAUUUUGUGAUUUUGUGAUCUCAUACCAACCUCGUUCCAACUACUACCACUACUACUACUACUACGCGAGCCUUUUCUAGGUUACAUCAAUGUUGUACGGAUUUUUCUUUUUCUUCGCCCAUAGAGCAAUGUCGUCCGCACGCACGUACUCGGUACCGAGGCUGGUGAAAUGAUAGCACCUACUCACCACCACUCACUCAUACUGCUUAACGAUGGUAAUGAUAGUAUAGGCACGGCGCACGGCGAUAAUGAUAGGGAGAGGCGUGUAUCCGCCAUUACGGGUUUUUGAGGUCGAAUGACCAAACUGAGAGGGAAGAUGCGAGCGUACGUUCCAGAGUUCCAGAUUCCUCCCAUUUUCUUGGUCCUCUUUACGGAUGUCGUUAUAGCGGGUAUAGUCGGGUUUACUCCUCUGGCACUGUUUUGCACCAGGUCCGUCGUCCUUGUAUACACACCGCACAGCUUGUAAUUUUAGUAUAACCAUAGACAACAUGCAAUCAAAAUGAAAUGAUAGUGUACGCUAGUUUGGUGAGCGCGUUAGAAAGACACGGCGGAGAUGAAUAUACAUCCAUAUGGACCUAAUGUUGAAUAGAAGAAUUGUGACAAACAAACUUGUCUACCAGUGUAA